AUGCAGUGGAUAAUAUUCAUGUUGCUGUUAUUCAUCAGCUCCAUGGAAAUGCUCACGCAGAACCGAUGGAAGAAGCAAGCGAGCACCGGCCUGCUGGAGAACUGCACGGGCUGCGUCCUGUGCUCGGAGGACAACGGCUGCAUCACCUGCCACCACCGGCUCUUCCUGCUCAUCUGGAGGGACGGCAUCCGCCAGUACGGAAUGUGCGUCCACACCUGCCCCCCCGGCUACUUCGGCGUGCGGGGGCUGGAGGUCAACAGAUGCACAAAGUGCAGGUCGCCCAGCUGCGAGAGCUGCUUCAGCAGAGACUUCUGCAUGAAGUGCAAAGACAAGUUUUACUUGCACAAGGGCCAGUGUUUUCGGCAGUGCCCCCCCAGCACUGCGGCGCAGCCCGGCACCCGCGAGUGCCAAGAGACGUGUGAGCCGGGGCCGUGGAGCGAGUGGAGCGCCUGCACCCACGAGGGCCAGACCUGCGGCUGCAAGUGGGGUGUGGAGACGCGGGUCCGGGAGGUGCUGGGGGCCACCCGGGAGGAAGGGGCCGCCUGCCCCGCGCUGCUGGAGACGAGGAAGUGCCGCAUGAGGAAGCACUGCCCGGGAGAGAAAACCGAACCCAAAAAUAAAGGCAAAAAGCGACAGAAGAAGCCGAAGACAGAACCGCACGCGGGUACCUAG